CACACUUGUUCUCAGCCGAUGCUGGGAGAGAGGCCUGUGUGUUUCCCAGGCAUGACUGCAAUAUGGAGAGUCCUGCUGCUGUGGGCUUGUGUCUGCAUCUGCCGUCCAGCCGAGGUCGGAGGAGCUCUGGUCAUUUCCAGGAGUGAUGCUCCGACACAGGUGACCCAAGAAACCAUGGGCACCCGGUCAAUAAAGAAAAGAAGCACAAACUCUGGACAUAAGGUGGAGGUGUACAGUGUCAGAGUCUCCUGCACGGUGACGUCACGUUUCGCCCACACCGUCAUGACCUCGAAGGCUCUGAACAAAGCCAACUCCUCGCAGGAAAUCUUCUUUGCAGUGGAGCUGCCGAAGACCGCCUUCAUCACCAACUUCAGCAUGGAAAUUGAAGGUCAGGUGUACGUCGGGGAGGUGAAGGAGAAGGAGAAAGCCAGGAAACAGUACGAGAAGGCUGUUUCCUCUGGACGGACUGCUGGACUGGUCAAGGCCUCCGGGAGAAAGAUGGAGGAAUUUUCAGUGUCUGUCAACAUCGCGGCCAAAAGUAACGUGAUUUUCACGCUGACUAUUUUAUUUGUCUAUCUUAAUAAUGUAACACUGGUCAAGAGGAGCUUUUUCACUAUUGUGGCAGACAUCUAUGAGCCCCAGGGGAUUAACUUUAUUGAUGCAACUGCAACUUUCCUCACCAAUAACCUGCUUUCCAUGGUGGAGAAAACUGUCACGGACACAAAGGCACACAUUUCUUUCUCACCAACACUGGAGCAGCAGAGCAAGUGUCCAGGAUGCGAAGACAACAUCAUCAAUGGAGAUUUCAUCAUCAAUUACGAUGUGAAAAGAGAAGAGGGCCCGGGGGAAGUUCAGAUUGUGAAUGGAUACUUUGUGCACUUCUUCGCUCCUCCUGACCUGCACAGAGUCCCAAAGAAUGUGGUGUUUGUGAUUGACAGGAGCGGAUCAAUGAGUGGAACAAAGAUGAGCCAGACCCGGGACGCAUUGGUUGCCAUUCUGAGUGAACUCCACGUGGAGGAUCAUUUUGCUCUCCUCUUGUUUGACUCGGACAUUAUCACCUGGAAGGACUCUCUUACCAAAGCAACAAGGGAAAAUGUGACCAAAGCCAUUGCCUAUGCCAGGAAAAUAAAAGACAAUGGAGCCACAGACAUCAAUAGCGCCGUACUGAGGGCGGUGAGCAUGCUGGUGAAAGAAAGAGAACAGAAGACACUUUCAGAAAGGAGUGUGGAUAUGAUUAUUCUACUAACUGAUGGGAUGCCAAACAGAGGGGAGACUAAGACCACAAAUAUCCAAAAGAAUGUGCAUUCUGCUAUUGCGGGGAAGAUGUCUCUGUUCUGUCUCGGAUUCGGAAAUAAUGUGGAUUACUCCUUCCUGGAUGUGAUGUCCAAACAAAACAAGGGACUGACCCGCAGAAUAUUUGAGGGUUCAGAUGCAGCCGUUCAACUCGAGGGUUUCUAUAGUGAAGUGUCCAGCCCUCUGCUCCUGGAAGUGAACCUGCGUUAUCCCGACAAUGCAGUGCACUUGACCAAAAACCACUUCAACCAGUUGUUUAACGGCUCAGAGAUCGUGGUGUCUGGACGGCUGAGCGACCAUGACAUGGAUAACUUCCUGGUGGAAGUACUUGCCCAGGGGCCUGACAAGGACUUCCAAGUGCAGGGAAAGGCCAGCGUGGCAAACUGGGAGGUGACCUAUCCCGAACAGGAGUACAUCUUUGGGGAUUUCACAGAGCGUUUGUGGGCAUACCUCACCGUCCAGCAGUUACUGGAGAACAGUGCCAUUGGUACACAGCAAGAUAAAGAGACUGCAACAGCCGAGGCAUUAAACAUGUCCCUGCGGUACGGCUUCGUCACCCCUCUCACCUCCAUGUUGGUCACCAAGCCUGACACUGAGGAAGGACCAGCGAGCCCUCUCAUUGCGGACAAGCUGACUGAGAGCCAGCGUCAGCAAGCGGAGAGACGCCAUGGUUCCUCAGGUCGUGCUGCCAGUUCUGGUGCCCUGUCAGCUUCCAGUUCUCGUUCCAGGUCAGCUUCCAGUUCUCGUUUCAAGCCAGCUUCCAGUUCUCGUUCCAAGUCAGCUUCCAGUUCUCGUGCCCAGUCAGCUUCCAGUUCUCCUGCCCAGUCAGACGUGGACGGAGAUCCUCAUUUCAUGAUCGAGCUGCCGGAGCGAGACGAUGCUCUGUGCUUCAACAUCAAUGACGAACCCGGAACCAUUUUCACUCUGGUCACAGACCCAAAAUCAGGCUUUGUGGUAAAUGGACAAUUUAUUGGCAAGAAGACACUUGCUCCGGAUGGCAACACCAACACCUACUUUGGGAGUUUUGGUAUCAGCCACCAGAAGCUGGGAGUGAGGCUGGAGGUGAGCACUCAGGACAUCUCCGUCCUCCAUGACGGCAAGCAUGUCAAGUUGCUGUGGUCUGACACAACCUCUAUCAAUGAAACAAACAUGAACCUCACGUUGACAAAGAACUGCAGCCUGACCGUGACACUGAGGCACUUUGUCAAAUUUACUAUCAUCAAACACACAAAGGUGUGGAAGAGACGCCACGAUCAGCAAGACUACCUGGGUUUCUACACCCUGGACAGCCAUCACGUGUCUGCUUCUGUUCAUGGCCUGCUAGGUCAGUUCUACCAUGGGGUUGAGUUUGAGGUGGCAGACCUGCGUCCAGGUGAAGUCCAGGAGAAAUUAGAUGCCACCUUGUAUGUGAAGGGACAGACAGUCAAUGUGACCAGACACUGGCAGAAGGACUUCAGCCAGGAUGUGAAGGAUGGAGAAAAUAUUCCCUGCUGGUUCGUCGACAAUGACGGAGCAGGCCUGAUUGAUGGAAGAGCCUCAGACUACAUCGUGUCCGGGCUUUUUUAAGGCUUUUUUAAUCUUUCAAAUUUAAAAAUGUCAGUGGCAUAGCACUGGGGCCACAUAACGUGACGGUGACGGUGACAGCGAUGUGUGGUGAGAGAUAGCGGAUUCUCACGACAUUAGAGUGUGUCGCCACUGUCAAAAAGAGGUUGAGAUCUAUACAUCGCUGACAUAUAAUCUACAAGUUAAAAGGACAUUGUCAUGAUUGAAUGACACAUACAUGAGUUUUUUUUUACACAAGUUUGAAUCAUAUAAUGUACACAGAGAUAAUGAUUGUAUGUCAAGAAAUGCCACUGCUUUUUAAAACUUUGCAAUGAAAUAUAAACUGAAAGUUAAAACUUUAAAUGGUAAAACGGAUAAGCUGAGGCUGUAAUUUAAGACAGGCCGAGUCAGAGAAAGAGCUGGGAUGUAUUAAGACGAGUGAGUCAACAGGGACCCAGUCAGAACUUUCGACACACAUACGCAUCGUGGCGUGUCAUCAGUGGCGUCAUAGUGUCAUCAACUGAGCUGAAAGCGUAUAUAAACUGCGACUUGAGAGAGAUCUUGGUUAUUCCCUGUGCAUUCUUCCUAUUACACCGGGACGGAGCGAGUGAGCUGCCAGAACAUCGCUAGAAAGGACUUCAAGAGAUCUUCAGUUGGACGAAGGAAUCAAGCUUAUGAGGGAUGACCGCUGCAACGGAGGCUGAUGAUUGAAUUCAAACAUUGAAGUUCUUUUUGCUCACUCUGCCUAUAUAGGGAAGAGAGUGUGCGGGGAACUUGUACCUGGUUGUGAGUCUAAUGCACGAUAAGUUAACGAUUUAAGCUUCAGCACUAAGUGAUCAGGAGUUUAAGUUUAAUUCAGGGAUUGUUAAAUGUUUUUAUUUUUUUUACAAAAAUCUGCUGUGUUUUAAAGCUUUUCAAUAAAAAACCAAAUAACAAUUAAAGUAGAA